UUCAAGCUUCGCUCAUUUCAGUUCAGGAAUCAGCUUCAAUAUUGAAAUUUAUCUUCUUGUUACGAAGUUUCAUGUCGUCGUAAAAUUCAUUUUUCUUCCAUAAUUCUGGUCUGAGGGAUAACAUUCGAAUCUUUUCGUUUUCGAUUUCUCUUCAUCAGGAGUUGUAGGAGGAUUAAAAUUAGUGGUAAUUUAUAAAAAAUCAAAGUGGUGAACGUCAGGCAUUAUUUGUUAGCAACUGUAUUCCAUGAGUCCUUCACUAAAGAAACAAGCUGCAUCGCGAUGUUACCUCGAUAAUACACCACCAUGGAUUAAUCAGGAGGAUCUCAAAGAUAUCUGUUCUACUUACGAUGAGGUCACUAAAAAUGAGCAAGAGGGUCCUGCUGAUUUUGAACGUGCUAUCAGUUUAACUGGAUAUGGAAAGUUCAAUUAUUUACUAUUGUUGGCUAUUCUGCCAGCUGGAUGGGCCAGUAUUUAUGGGUCCACUUCAAUGUCCUAUGUCCUACCAUCGGCUGAGUGCGAUCUCAGUCUCACCCUGUUUGACAAGGGAUUACUCAAUUCCAUGCCAUUUGCAGGCAUGAUUGUAACUGCCUUCUUGUGGGGCUUUCUCACUGACACGUACGGACGUAAGAAGGUAUUAACAUAUGGGUACCUUACCACUUCGAUAUUCAGCUUUGCUAGCUGCAUGUCCCAUGCCUCCUGGCUACUCAUUUUAUUCAAAUUCAUCAAUGGCAUAUUGAUAUCCGGUCCUUAUACAGCACUGAUGUCAUACCUUGCUGAAGUACAUGGUGAGCAGCAGAGGUCGAGGAUAUACAUGUGGUUGGGGGUGUUUUUUUCACUGGGUCACAUAUCGAUACCAUGUUUGGCAUGGAUAAUUAUUCCCCAAGAAUUUCGUCUACCUAUGUUCAACGGUUCAAUGGAGUUUACCUCCUGGCGUCUUUUCUUGGCCCUUUGUGCCCUUCCCGAAUUUACCGCGUUUGUCGUGCUCUCCCUGUUCCCUGAGUCACCUCGAUUCCUCCUAUCAAAGGGUCGCGACGACGAAGCACUCGAGGUCUUUCGUCACAUCUACUCCCUCAAUACAGGAAAAAAUCCCGACACCUACGCGGUGAAAUGUGUGACUGAUGAGAGUUACGUUAAGACUCAUGGGACGAGUAUCCUCAGCAAUUUUCAAGGGGGAUGGCUGCAGAUGAAGCCACUGUUUACCUCACCCUAUUGCUACAGGUUGAUACUCAUUGGAAUGAUACAGUUCGGUGCUACCAUUGGGUCAAAUACUCUGAGGCUCUGGAUGCCUCAAUUAUUUGCCAUGAUUGAGACUUAUGAAGCUAGUCAUCCAGUUGGAAGUAACGAACAAUUUCCGUCGAUCUGUGUCAUGCUCGAAAUUACCAAUACAACUAUUGAUACUAUUAAUAAAAAUAAUUUAAUUAAUAACACUAUUGAAAUGGAAAAAAUUUGUACACCGGUCAUUCUGAACUCUACUGUGUACCUGAAUUCAAUAGUUAUCGCGGUAACUGGAGUCGUCGGAUAUGCCUUGGCUGGGUCAUUGAUCAAUUGCGCUGGGAAAAAAAAAUUAAUGAUGUUUUGCUUUCUCUCUGCUGGUCUAUGCUGUGGAAUUCUGUAUUGGGCUGAGAAUUCCAGUGGAAUUUUGGGUAUUUCGUCAGUAUUCGUCGCCCUAUCCAGCAUUGGUGGGGCUGCAGUUACGAAUGUUAUUGUUGACAAUUUCCCUACUACAUUAAGGGCUAUGGCUAUUUCAAUGAUGAUGAUGAUGGGAAGAAUAGGGGCCGUCAUUGGGAAUUUAUUUUUCCCAUUACUCUUCAAAUUAAGCUGUUUAGGGCCUUUCUUCAUGAUUGGAAUGGCAUGCUUAGUUUGCUCGAUUCUCGUGUUCUUCAUACCCGCCAAAAAAUCGGACUUCAAGGAGUCAAUAGAGUCGGCCUAAAGUAGAAUAAAAAAGAGUACAAUGCUCAUGAGUUAGAAUGAAAAAUCACAAACCUAAAACCGCUUCAGAGUCAAUUGUAAAAAACAGUGCUGUAACUUUUAAUGGUGAAUCUAGAAAUUUGAUAUUUUUAGAUCUCUAAACAUUAUAACUAUGUAUGUAUUUAUCACUCAUUUCACACAUUAAUGUAAGGAGAGAUUUCAUAAUUUAUGCAAGUGUUUAUGGCUCUUGAUGAUAUCUAUUUUAUAUGGAAUAAAUACAUUAUAAUGAAAAACAA